GACUUCCUGUAGCGCAGUGACGCCACAUCCGUCCGGGAAGCGCGCCAAUCGGGAAGGAGCGCGGGAACACCAGCGGCCUGAGGCGGAGCGUCGAGUGAUUGGCUGGCGCCGGAACGUCGAGGGCCGUAGAGGGCGCGUUCUGAUUGGUGGGGACGCUCCCUCAGGCAGGAACCGUAUGCACGUGCCAAGGCGGGACGCGCUCUGCCGGUAGGGCUGCGUCUGCGCCGCGCGCCCCGGGGCUCCUUCCGGAGGCUGCGGGUGGGUCUUCCACUUUCCGGCAGGUCUUCCCAGGCCGUAAGGGCUGCCUCUGCCUGGUUUUGUGUGGCUUUUGGCAUUGGUAGUUGUGAAGGGUUACUGCCAUUACUACAGCCCUCAAAGUUUCAGAUGCAAAUUGCUAAAUGCUGUCCCGGGUGCCAGUAUCAUCCAGAUUCUCCAGCCCAGAUCCGCUCUUUGGUGAAGUUGCUCCUGAGAUCAUCGAGGACACACUGAUCCACCUGGCCAUGGAGAAUGAGCAGCACCUCAGCAUGCUGCCCGGCCCUGUGGGCUGCUUCAGGGAGGCACGCGCUGUGGAAUUUAUAUUCCUUCUGUCUGAAAAAUGGCACCUGGACCAACCAGCAAGGUAUCAAGCAGUAGAGCUACUUGAAAGGUUUAUGAUCAAGCAAGUAGAACAAAUCUGUACGUCCCCCCGACAGAACGUCACAGGUGGUGAAGAAGGCAGAAGCCAGAGCUCUCUGCAAGAACAGAUCUAUGACACAUUUGUCCUACGGCUGGUGUCGUGCAUUCAGCUUGCGAGCAAACUUUCCUUACACUAUAAUGCAGUUAACAGUGACACAGCUGUAAAAUUUCUGCAAUCCUUAAAAUACUCAUACACUAAACAAGAGUUGCUUGAGUCAGAGCUUGCUGUUUUGGAAACUUUGCAGUUCCAGAUCAAUGUGUCGACUCCACUGGCUUACAUUGAACUGCUUCUAGAGGUUUUAGGACAUAAUGGCUGCUUACUUCCUGCAAAACCGCUGCAUCAGAUGUGCAUACAACUACUGGACUUCUUCUAUCUUAAAAGAGAUGCCAUCUAUGACACUUUACUGAGUAUUGCCAUUGAGAAUUUGACACCAAGUGAACUGCAGAUAGCAAAGUUCUUGAUAGUAAAGGAAGAUUUAAUGCUCUUGGCAGUUGGCAUCAUCAGCACAAGUGCUUUCGUGCUAAACCCUGAGCACUGGAAGAAGGUUGUGGAACAUUUAAACUGUAUUACUGGCAUUACUUCACAAAGCAUCUCAGAGUUUUCAUAUGCAGUACUGAAACACAUUAUUGGCAGCAUCACUCCAAAACAGCCCCACAGGAGGUAGAAGAAAAAUGCCAAAGACUAGAAUUAUGCCUUUUAUAUACAGCUAUCCUCUGUAUCUAUUAGUUAGUUUGUUACUAGCAAAGUUACUCUUUUGAUGGUAUUUCACCUCCUGUGAUACUACACAGGGCACCCAAAUUGAUUUUCUUUUGGUUUUGAAUACCGUGUCUGUUCUGUAAUACUUCAUUUGCUAUGUUUAAGUUAGAAAAGCUUGUUCUUCCAGGCUACGCACUCGCGCCGUGAAGACAGGUACACAGGAACAAAGCAGUGUUUAGAACACUUUUUCAGCUCCAAAAGCUUUAUUUUAAGAGCUACAUUUAACUUACUGAAUACAUUUUGUUUGAAAACUGUAAGGAGUCUUAAUUUGAAAAAGCAUUAACGUGAAUGUUAUUCAGCUUGGUCAUCAGUAUUGCUACAAGUUCACAAGCUCAGUUAUUACAAACCGGGCUGUACUGUGCUGCUGGUUCAAAAACUAACUGUUGUUUCAGACAGCUUGCUGCAGCCAGGCUGCUUGUCAGUUUUCCCUUUGCCAGCGGUCAGAGGCUUGUUUGCUCUUGCCUUCAGCAAGCCAGCUAGCUGAGCAGUGUUGUGGAAAGAAAAACUCUCACCUGUUUUGAAAGCUGAGUGCAGUUGUCAAGGCAGCAGGUGCCUGUUCAGCAUAACUGCAUAAGUGCUGAGGGAUGCUUAGGCUGUGACUAGUGUUAGAUGAAAGCAAUCUCAGGGUAGAACGGGCUGUUUUAUCUUUGGUGUUACUCAGUGCACCUCUGUGCAGUAACACGCUACAGCAAGUAUCACAAAUAGGUGAUAUCACUGUAGUAACGUAUUUUGCAGUUUCAAACCCUUGUGAAGUUCAGUGGCAUAAAGAAAUGUAGAUAUGACUUAGAAAAUAUUUAUUUUAAGCUGUACUUCUUCAGUGACCAAACAGACCUUCCAUGCGUUUUUCCACAGCAGUCCCUGUUAGAAACAUUUUAUUUUUCCAACCCCUGUUUUGUUAAGCUGUAACAGUAGUAUCAAACUCGCUGGCAUUUUGAAAUUUGACAGUAACUUAUAUACAUAUCUAUAAACAUCCAAAAUGCCAGUUUAAUGUCUAUUCAGUAGCUGAUUUUUUUUCAAAUUCAGUUCAGCUCAAUUAUAUAAUUUUACCUAUUGCUUUUCUACAUACUACUUGCAAUAACAUUUUUUUUUUUAUUUU